AUGGUAGCUACCAGGAAUGACAAGACGGCGGGAAGGCAUGCCAAUGCCUACCGACGAGCGACGCCCUAUCGGACCCUUGCUUUGUGUGCCACGUUUGGAGUUGUUUGCUUUUAUCUGGGUGUCUUGCUGGGUAGUGUAACUUUCGCAUCACACUCUUCUUGUUCGUCGGCGGAAGAGCUCAACACACGAGUAGAAGAGCGAGUGAACGAAAUAUCUUCCGCCUGGAAGUACAAACACAAGCUGGAGCAGGAAGAUACCGCCGCACGGAUACCUGCCAAUCUACACGAUAUAGUUCAAGGCAUGACCCGCGUGGAUCGCAACGAGUUUGCGGCUCUGUUUCCCAUGGGGGUACCGUUGGAUCCGUCGUCGCCACAGAACGAUCAAGUCGUCAUUCUGCACAACUCGCCGCGAUCGUUGCCCACGGAUCCGUUUGCGGCCGCCGAAGCCUCCUCACAAACCACCAUACCUUUACUCAGCGCUGCCGAUGCUACCGAAAAUUGUGAUAAUCUACACGUGGUGCUCACGGACCACAAUUUGAAGCGUCGUCAAUGCGUGGCCCUUAUGGGUCAAUACGAAGCGUUCCAUUUGCAAAAGUUUAUGCGGUUGCCACAGUCGGGCAAGCUCGACCCACACCUGCCACUGCGGCUCGUCAAUCGAGGAGCCCAUCAAUCGGGACGGAAGUCAACCAAAACGCCAACCAUGGAACAGACAAUGCAAGCGUGGUCGACCUUGACGCCGUACUUGCAGAAUAUAACCCAGACGUUGGACAAAUUGAGACCGAUCGCGGCGUCCGUGGCCGUCGAUAACACGAUUGUCGUCAUGGUCUGUAAUCACGGACAGUCGGAGUUGCUGCUAAACUUCGCCUGUGCCGCCCGAGCGCGGGGGCUCGACACGGCUUUAGAGGCCGUCUUGGUGUUCGCCACGGACGAGGAAACUCGGGAUUUGGCGAUCGGAUUGGGCUUGUCGGUUUUCUAUGAUCCAGUUGUGUUUGGCGAAAUGCCCAAGGAAGCUGCGAGGGCAUAUGCAGACGUCAAGUUUCGGGCCAUGAUGAUGGCCAAGGUAUACUGUGUACAGCUAGUCAGCAUGUUGGGGUAUGAUUUAUUGUUUCAAGACGUAGACAUAGUAUGGUUGCGCAAUCCGCUCGAAUACUUUCACAACGACACAUCCAGUGCGAACGACGAGGUCAGCCCAGACUAUUACGACGUUUAUUUUCAGGAUGAUGGGAACCACGCGAUAUACUACGCGCCGUAUUCAGCCAAUACGGGCUUUUACUUUGUCCGCCACAACGACAAGACUCGCUAUUUUUUCAAUUCGCUACUCCUCGCGGGCGAUUUGAUUUUGACGACUAAAUCCCACCAAAUCCCGCUCGUCGCUUUGCUGCAGGAGCAUGCCUCCAUGUACGGACUCAAGGUAAAAAUAUUCUCGCGCCUUGAAAACGACUUUCCUGGUGGUCACGCCUAUCACCGACGCAAGGACUUUAUGAAGGAUUAUUUUGCCGGACACGUUAACCCGUAUUUGUUCCAUAUGAGUUGGACCAAGAGCAAAAUCAACAAAGGCAAGUUCUUUGAGCAAAUGGGGGAAUGGUAUUUGAGGGACACUUGUGCGCAAAAAACGGCGCAACAUAUUCUUGACCUGCCGGAUGGUACCAGCGUGAACCAACAAUCUUUAGUAGAACCGUGCUGCAUGGCCACAUCGGUCGUCAAAUGUCAUUUUCGAGACAAGGCAAGCAAAAUCCCGUGCAACGACAGUCCAGCUAUCGACAGGAAUGGCCGAUCUUUUUGGUAA